GACGGUGUGAGCACAUGACUUGUACAUCAGCUUAGGCAGAGCAAAUACUUACUGACAUAGCACUGUUAACUUAAGUCUUGAGGAAAAUUCUAUAUAUCUCAUCUUUUUUGACCACAGACCACUAAGAUACCAACAUGUCCAGCAAAAGAGCAAAGGCAAAGACCGCAAAGAAGCGCCCCCAGCGUGCGACUUCCAAUGUGUUCGCAAUGUUUGAUCAGUCUCAGAUCCAGGAGUUCAAAGAGGCUUUCAACAUGAUAGACCAAAACCGUGAUGGCUUCAUUGACAAGGAAGAUUUACAUGAUAUGUUGGCUUCUCUCGGAAAGAACCCAUCAGAUGAGUACCUCGAGGGGAUGAUGAGUGAGGCUCCAGGACCCAUUAACUUUACCAUGUUCCUGACCAUGUUUGGUGAGAAACUAAAUGGGACGGAUCCAGAAGAUGUCAUCCGAAAUGCUUUUGCUUGUUUUGAUGAAGAGGGAACAGGUUUCAUCCAUGAAGACCACCUGCGGGAACUUCUGACUACCAUGGGCGAUAGGUUCACAGAUGAAGAAGUCGAUGAACUUUUCCGAGAAGCUCCAAUUGACAAGAAAAGCAAUUUCAACUAUGUGGAAUUCACUCGCAUUCUGAAACAUGGUGCCAAGGAUAAGGAUGAUUAAAUGUACCGAUUGCAUCUGCUUGUUACCUCACCAUAUUUCAGAAUCCUUUAUCAGUGCACACUGUUCGCCACUGAUGCAAUCCACUUCCUCUAAAGAGCAACUUUGUUUCCCAUGCAUCUGUAUGACAUUUAAACCAAAAUAGGCUAGUAGCACACAAAUAUUGGAAAAUGUGGCGAUAGAAAUAGGAUCAAAACAAUCUAUAAAGGUGUUGUUAUUCCGUUAAUCUUACACAUAAAUUGGAUUGGAACUUGAAGUUAAUUAAUCUGUCAUCGAAAGUAAUAAUGGACGCUCCUGCAAAGCAAUGGAAUAAAAAAGGGCUAAAAAUAAACCUUAAUAAUGAAAGCAGGAAUAUGAAUAACAGUAGCUAUAUCAGGAUUUGGUACCUAGGUUUUGUAUGGGACUUUGUACUUUUUCUUGAAUAUUGUAUGUCUAAAUAAAAGCCUUAUUAAAUA